AUGGAUGAAACUAAAAACACCCUCCAACAACCCCUCCUUCCCACCUCAGUAACCCAUGCAACCACCACAGAAACAACCACAUCCAGCCAUGACACGAUCACCUCAUCGAACUACGCUUUAUCGGUCCGGCUCCUUAUGUUCAUAUCCAUCGGAGCCAUGUCUGUAUGGGCGAGCCAUGAGGCCUCAAAAGGGUUCAUGAUCACAGUCAAAAACAGCAUGAUAAACACUUCUCUAGGGCAGAAAUUUAACCUCUUUUAUGUCUCCAACGACGAAGCUAUACGUUUAGUGCAAAAUUCCUCGAGUUUUGCUGCGAAAAUUCUUUUUCCUGCUGAUCAUAGCAGGAUACUCGAAAAGCUUAUCGAGGUAGAGGUUCAAUUUGUUAGUGAUCAUAGUUUAACAAAUUAUAUUAACUCUUUUGAACAAAAGGGUAAGUAUAUAAUUUUCAUAGACUCUUAUAUAAUGGAAUUUAAGGAUUUUAAGUAUAGGAUUAAGAAGGAAAUUAUGAAAAAGAUGGGUGAAAUAUUGUUGAUUAAUUUAAGAAAUAAAGUUCCUAAUACUUUGUUAGAUGGAAUGGUUGAAUAUAUAAAUGAUUUGGCUGGUUUUGGUGAUCAUUUAGAGGAGAAUGUAAUUAAGUUAAGAAACAAUAAUAGGGUAAUUAAGAAGUGUUGGGAGGAUAAUGAUUCAAGAUUAGUGGCAAAGUUUUUGGGUUAUGCUGAUGAGGAGAAAUGUGAAGGAUUUGUUGGGAGAUUGAAUCAAGAAAUGGGUAAAAAUGGUUGGUUUGAGGAAAUAAUGGAUAAAUUACUUGGAAUGGAGGCUAUUCAACUGUGUUCAUCCUUCCAUGAUUCCAUGAUUAAGAGUCAACUAGCUAGUUAA